AUGCCUGAGGCUCAGCCAGAGCAAGUACUAACAGCUUCAGUAGCCCUCCCCAGCAGUGUUAGGAAUGAAGGUACAAGUUUUUGUAUCAAAUGUUAUUAAUAUUUCACUCUUUUAAUGAUGAAAGUAUGUUAUUCUUCAGAACAUCCCUUAUUCCCAGAUGGAUGGCUUAAGACAUUACCUAAAGCUGACCACCUGUGGGUGUCUCAGGCCUUAUUUACAACAAACAAUAAGGGAAAAGCAAAGUUGGACUUUAGCAGGUGAACUGACAUAUUGAUUGUUAUUUUUUCAAUGCAAUAAAUGUUAGAGAACAAUUUAAGAACUCUUUAUCAUUAGCCAUUACAGUAUUACUGUAGAUAUGAAAAAAUAUAUUUUUUAAUUAUAUGUGACUCUUUAUUUCUUUUAUUAUUAUUAUUUCUUACUAUUCUUUACUACUUUUUGUUAUUGUAUAUUGAUAUACUCUAUGUUAUAUACAAGCUUACUAUUACAGUCUUUUCUAACUACAGUGUAUUUACUCUUCUUUAGGGUCAACAAGUUAUGGUGGGAUCCCCCUCAGCCAUCUUUUAUAAGCACAGAACCACCUCAACUUGACAGAUACUUUGCACAACGGCUGCUACUUUGGAUGCCGCGUAAGCUUUGGAAAGUCACUCUGUAUUGCCCACACGAAGGCUGCGACAGGAAACUACUCACCAGUGCUGGGCUAUACAGUACUGUGAGGCAAGUUAUAGACAUUGACAGCAACUAUAACCUUGCUGCGGAGUACUUAGAGUGUAGGCAUUGCAAGAGAAAAGUUAUCAGCUGGAGCCCUGAGAUUAUAAAACAACUGGAUACUGGCCAUCAACUUCAGUCCCCAGUUUUGUUAACCUACCAGUAUGCUUGUGAUGUCCGAGUUAUCAGACUGUUGAGAAACAGGGGCCUUGGCAACAGCUCAAUGCAAUUACAAAAGAAGCUUACUGAAGAGCACAGUGAAAAGUGGCUCCAAAAGUCAGCCCAGUAUCUGACUGACUGCAAAUACUUUGCCAAUGCAUUCAAAAGUGGGCUCACUGGUCCCCUUAACUUUCAAGAGCCUCCAGAAUUUGUACCAGUGCCAAAGUACAAGUGGCUGCUCACAGUGUAUGCCCUAGACAUCAUGGCCAGAAUGGACUAUGUUAAAGCAUCCAUCACCUCUGUCUAUGGAAGAAUAUUGAAAAUGGACUCUACUAAGAAAAUUGUGAGAAAACUUGCAGGAGGUAGUGCUGGUACUGCUUCCUGGGCCACUAGUGUUGGAAAUGAAAAUGGACAAGUGCUCAUGUCAGUGAUGACUGUCAAUGAAGGAACUGGGUUGGAAAACAUGGCAAAUGGACUAAUGAGAAGAUAUUCUUUAGAUGGUGUCUCACCUCCUGAGGUCCUUUAUGUUGACAGAGAUUGUUGUUCCACAGGCAAGGCUAAGAAGCUAUUCUCACUCUGGGACAAUUUAGUGAUCCGCCUUAAUAUUUGGCACUUUAUGAGAAGAAUUGCUGCUGGAUGUAACGCAGAGGCCCAUCCACUCUAUAGUGUGUUUGUCAGUCGUCUAUCACAAUGCAUCUUCCAAUGGAGUAAAGAAGAUCUGGAUUUAUUGAAGUCUGCCAAAAGAGGUCAAUUGCAGAUUCAAGGUGUUGCUGACCCUUCUGAUGCAGCCAUUAUUGAAAAGAUUACACGGAGAGAAUUGGCUCGACAUUGCCGUAGGAGAACUAGGGGAAUUGUUGACACUACUGCAAUGAUUUACGAUCUAUUACUGACAUUUACUGGUCCCCAGGGAUGCGAUACUACUGGAGUACCUUUGCUUGACAAGACCCGUGUAUGGGAAAUAUGGGACAACCAAAAGCACCACAUUCCAUGCAUCCAGGACCCUGAGGGGGUGCAACUGUAUACCAAAACCGGGGUCUUGACUGAAGGUGGUGUUCAACUUCCAACUUAUAGAUGUGCAAGAGGUUCAACAUCUUUGGAGUCAUUCCACCUGCAUAUUAAUAAAUUCAUACCAGGUAACAAUAUCUGUGUAAAAAACGUUUACGUUUUUGAUUGAAAACUUAACAUGUCCCAAAUACUACAGUCUAUAACACUGUUUUCAUUUAUUUUAGGUACUUCAGCAAGUGACAUUCAUUUUCAAGCUUACUUGUUAGAUGGCCUGAUGAGGUGGAAUUCUGAUCAUGCUUCUGCUGCAGUUUCAAGUACUGAAUUAGAACCAGAAAGCUACAGUGGAUUAUUAAUACAUGCUGUGAAUAAGCUAAGUGAAGAUGUCCUUGGUAAGAAAGUCAAGCCCAAUGUUCAGAAUAUUGGAAUCUAUACAGGUGAAAUGAUAGGAGUUGAGUAUCUCUUCAAUCAGACUGGUGAGAUUCUCAAGGACAACACCCUAGUAGAUGAAGAUAUGACACAACAGGAGGAAGAACCUCUCUCAGAUGUUAACCCAGACCAAAUAGAUGAAGGAUCUAAUGAAGAUGAAGAUGAGACAAUUGCACCUGCAGAGCAGGUGUUUACUGUGCCUUUUGGUAAUGAAAGAGGUAAGUGUGCAUUGUCCACAAAAUCUGCCUUUCCUGAAUUUUAAACUGAAAAUGUGAAUUUAAAUUUAGACUCAGAUGCUGCCAGUACUUCUGAUGAAGACUCUGCUGAGCUUGCUGAAAGUGAUGCAGAGGUAAGUUUAUAGUAUUAUUUUGUAGUACUUUAUACAAGGAAUCAGGAAGUAAACUCUGAAUAAUUACAAUUAAUUUGUUCAUAGGACUCUGCUGGGCCUGACAACAUUCAGGGAUAUGGAGAAGUUCAGGCUUAA